AUGGCUGAACCAGGAGAUGUUGAGGAUGAUCUUUUCGCCGAUCUGUACGAUGCGGAUGAGAGCACAAACCGACAAACUUCUGCCGUUGAACCCCCGAAAGUUCUGGAUUCCAAUGUAUCGUACACACCUGCUCAGCCCACGAAUAUCCCGACUGCGCAGCCUGCAGAGAGCUUCAGGACCGACACGGAUCACGCUCAUGCUGCGGAUCCUUAUUCAUUCUCUUAUGAAGGACACGAGCGAAAUGGCGCGGGUUCUUAUGACGCACAUACCUCUCACAAUGAUAUCUCCGCUCCUGCUGCUGAAUCUGAGCCGCAGGGCACCGGAAUCAAAGAAGACGGGUAA